AUGCAGUGUGGAGCCCGGCCUGUACCAAGGAGCUCUGUACUGUGGAGCCCGGCCUGUACCAAGAAGCUGCAGUGUGGAGCCAGGCCUGUACCAAGGAACUGUACUGUGGAGCCUGGCCUGUACCAAGAAGCUGCAGUGUGGAGCCCGGCCUGUACAAAGGAACUGCACUGUGGGGCCUGGCCUGUACCAAGGAGCUGCACUGUGGGGCCUGGCCUGUACCAAGGAGCUGCACUGUGGAGCCCCAGCUGUACAAAGGAACUGCACCAUGGGGGCGGGCCUGUACAAAGGAGCUGCACUGAGGAGCCAGGCCUGUACCAAGGAGCUGCACUGUGGAGCCCGGCCUGUAACAAGGAGCUGCACUGUGGAGCCCGGCCUGUACCAAGAAGCUGCAGUGUGGAGCCCGGCCUGUACAAAGGAACUGCACUGUGGAGCCUGGCCUGUACCAAGAAGCUGCAGUGUGGAGCCCGGCCUGUACAAAGGAACUGCACUGUGGGGCCUGGCCUGUACCAAGGAGCUGCACUGUGGGGCCUGGCCUGUACCAAGGAGCUGCAGUGUGGAGCCAGGCCUGUACCAAGGAGCUGUACUGUGGGGCCUGGCCUGUACCAAGGAGCUGCACUGUGGGGCCUGGCCUGUACCAAGGAGCUGCAGUGUGGAGCCCGGCCUGUAACAAGGAGCUGUACUGUGGAGCCCGGCCUGUACCAAGAAGCUGCAGUGUGGAGCCAGGCCUGUACCAAGGAACUGUACUGUGGAGCCUGGCCUGUACCAAGAAGCUGCAGUGUGGAGCCCGGCCUGUACAAAGGAACUGCACUGUGGAGCCCGGCCUGUAACAAGGAGCUGCACUGUGGAGCCCGGCCUGUACCAAGAAGCUGCAGUGUGGAGCCAGGCCUGUACCAAGGAACUGUACUGUGGAGCCUGGCCUGUACCAAGAAGCUGCAGUGUGGAGCCCGGCCUGUACAAAGGAACUGCACUGUGGGGCCUGGCCUGUACCAAGGAGCUGCACUGUGGGGCCUGGCCUGUACCAAGGAGCUGCACUGUGGAGCCUUGCCUGUACCAAGGAGCUGCACUGUGGAGCCUGGCCUGUACCAAGGAGCUGCACUGUGGAGCCUGGCCUGUACCAAGGAGCUGCACUGUGGAGCCCCACCUGUACAAAAAGCUGCACUGUGGGGCCUGGUGUCAUGAAAGCAUCAAGGCAGCAACUUCACCUUCUGCAUGUCUUGCAAGGCACUGGAGACUUGCUGGCCCCACUGCUCCCUGUGUCCUGACUGUGAUGACCAAGGUGUGACUACAGGUACCGGAGACUUGCUGGCCCCACUGCUCCUCUGUGUCCUGACUGUGAUGUCCGAGGUGUGACUACAGGUACCGGAGACUUGCUGGCCCCACUGCUCCCUGUGUCCUGACUGUGAUGUCCGAGGUGUGACUACAGGUACCGGAGACUUGCUGGCCCCACUGCUCCUCUGUGUCCUGACUGUGAUGUCCGAGGUGUGACUACAGGUACCGGAGACUUGCUGGCCCCACUGCUCCCUGUGUCCUGACUGUGAUGUCCGAGGUGUGACUACAGGUACCGGAGACUUGCUGGCCCUAUUGCUCCCUCUGUUCUGACUGUGAUGACCAUGGAGACUUGCUGGCCCUACUGCUCCCUCUGUUCUGACUGGGAUGACCAUGGAGACAUACUCCAUCUGUUCUGACUGUGAUGACCAAGUAGAUUUGCUUGCCCUACUGCUCCCUCUGUUCUGACUGUGAUGACCAUGGAGACUUGCUGGCCCUACUGAUCCCUCUGUUCUGACUGUGAUGACCAUGGAGACUUGCAGUCCCUGUGUUCUGACUGUGAUGACCAUGGAGACUUGCUGGCCCUACUGCUCCCUCUGUUCUGACUGUGAUGACCAUGGAGACUUGCUGGCCCUACUGCUCCCUCUGUUCUGACUGUGAUGACCAUGGAGAUUUGCUGGCCCUACUGCUCCUCUGUUCUGACUGUGAUGACCAUGGAGACUUGCUGGCCCUACUGCUCCCUCUGUUCUGACUGUGAUGACCAUGGAGACUUGCUGGCCCUACUGCUCCUCUGUUCUGACUGUGAUGACCAUGGAGACUUGCUGGCCCUACUGCUCCUCUGUUCUGACUGUGAUAACCAUGGAGACAUGCUGGCCCUACUGCUCCCUGUGUUGUGACUGUGAUGACCGAGGUGUGACUACAGGUACCCGAGACUUGCUGGCCCUACUGCUCCCUGUGUUGUGACUGUGAUGUCCGAGGUGUGACUACAGGUACUUGAAACUUGCUGGCCCUACUGCUCCCUGUGUCCUGACUGUGAUGUCCGAGGUGUGACUACAGGUACUGGAGACUUGCUGGCCCUACUGCUCCCUCUGUUCUGACUGUGAUGACCAUGGAGACUUGCUGGCCCUACUGCUCCCUCUGUUCUGACUGUGAUGACCAUGGAGAUUUGCUGGCCCUGGAUUACACGAUUCUAUUCUUUCAAAGAACAGGAAGGAGAGAUGAUGCAUGGAAGAUGUACACUGCGACAGGAAACUAGUUUUGACUGGCAGACUUGGCCCUACAUGUAGAGCUUCAGGGAACAUCAACACUGACCAGACAACAUCUUCUCGAGUCAAGGAGGUUGUGUUUACAGCAAGAUUAUCACAGUGCAGCUGACAACAAUGCAUUUCACAUGUCCGUCAUUCACAUCUACAAGGGGUGUCUUUGAUCUUUGAUUUCCCAACACAAACGGCAUUGCACUAAAGUCCUCACCUUGUAGCAUAUGAUUGUUCAGUGUGUGACAAGACAUCCACUAUGCGGCUACACAUAGACAAGUUUGUCCAUAAUUCCAACCUAGUUCAGCAUGGGUGGAAACUAGAUUUUUGUAGUCAGUUAAUUCCUUUGCCUCAGGAAGAUUGGGGUAACCAUACAAUUCAGAUUGUAUUACAUGUAUUCUGACAUCCAAGAACCAUUGUAGUUAUCUUCCUGAGGCAUUGAUUGAUAAGCAUGAUAAGUAUGCAAUUCAAUGACUACACUUCUAGAUCGUGCCUGCCUCUGUCAUGAACAGCUGCUGCCCUGAUACAAUAACAUGUGAUGUCCCUGUAAAUGUCACCUCUAGAGUUACAAUCAUAGUACUGCAUGUUAAUGAAUGAAAUAGUGGGAAAAUGCCACCCUCCCUAGAGUCAUAUGUAUAUCAAAACAAAUUUAUUCAUCUUUGUACAAAAUGUACUGACACAGUAUGGUAGCCUCAUGGUUAAAGCGUUCACCACUCAUGCUUCAUGGUUCUAUUCAUUCUUGACUUGUGAAGUCAAUUACUGGUGCUAUAGCCAUGUAACAGCUACUAACCCAACCACCUGCUUGCAGCAAGAUGUAGUAUCGAUCAAUAUGAGCUUAUGUUAAGUUUGACAGCCAUGUGAUGUCAUUGUAAGUCUUAGACCAAACACUGCCCAGUCUCAAACUUUUCUCUAAUAUGAGGACACCUCCACAGAAGGUAAUGGCAGAUAAACCCUGAACAAACUUCUACCUUAAGGAUGUGGGGGUUCUUGAGCCAGUCAUAUGUAAGCUUUCUAAAACAAUUUGGCUACAUUUCUUUACAUAAGUUCCAUAAUUUAGAUUUUAUCAAGAGAAAGUCAACAGAGAACACAAGUAUUCCUCCGAUGGAACUUCUGUUUGUGUAUACAUGCCAUGGGUGUAAAAAAAUAUCCAUAAUA